AUGAUGAGCGAGGAGUGUCCUGUCCCGCUGGGGAGCAUCUCCUUAGCAGGGCUAGGGCAGAGUGAGGAAUACGGCUUUGCUGAUGACAUCAUUGAGGAAGUGGGUCCAGGGGACGACGUCAGUAUCGGCAGUGACCUGAGCACUCUGGUGUUGCCCUUCCCUGAGCUGGCGCCUGUGGUCUUCUUCUGCCUCAAGCAGACCACCUGCCCUCGCAACUGGUGCAUCCGUAUGGUCUCCAGCCCGUGGUUCGAGAGGAUUAGCAUCAUGGUGAUCCUGCUCAACUGUGUGACAUUGGGCAUGUACCAGCCCUGUGAGAACAUCGACUGCACCUCGGACCGCUGCCAGAUACUGCAGGCCUUUGAUGCAUUCAUCUACAUCUUCUUUGCAUUGGAGAUGGUGAUAAAGAUGGUGGCUCUCGGGAUCUUCGGCCGUCGCUGUUACCUGGGAGACACGUGGAACAGGCUGGACUUCUUCAUCGUCAUGUCUGGGAUGGUAGAGUAUUCGCUGGACCUGCAGAACAUCAACCUGUCGGCCAUUCGGACAGUUCGGGUCCUUCGGCCCCUCAAAGCCAUCAACAGAGUGCCAAGUAUGCGCAUCCUGGUGAACCUGCUGCUGGACACGCUACCCAUGCUAGGCAAUGUGCUGCUGCUCUGCUUCUUCGUCUUCUUCAUCUUCGGCAUUAUUGGUGUGCAGCUGUGGGCGGGUCUACUGAGGAACCGCUGCUACCUGGAGGAGAACUUUAACCUCUCUUCAGGUAUGACCCUGCCUGCUCCGUACUACCACCUGGAGGAGGAUGAUGAACGGCCCUUCAUCUGCUCCCUGGCGUCUGACAAUGGAAUCAUGUCGUGUGCCGAUGUGCCGGCGAGGCGCGAAGGAGGACGCACAUGCUGCCUGGACAGGGAGGACGCACUCCACAGACAAACUCUGGGCUUGAGUCCAGAGCCGCUGGCCAACGGGAGUGGUGCUGGGGAAGCAGUGGGUCUGUGCAUCAACUGGAACCAGUACUACACCCGAUGCCACACAGGAAGUAAGAACCCCCACAAAGGGGCCAUCAACUUUGAUAACAUCGUCUACGCCUGGAUCGUCAUUUUUCAGGUGAUCACUCUGGAGGGCUGGGUGGAGAUCAUGUAUUAUGUGAUGGAUGCCCAUUCCUUCUACAACUUCAUCUACUUCAUUUUACUCAUCAUUAUUGGUUCAUUCUUCAUGAUCAACCUGUGCCUGGUGGUUAUCGCCACCCAGUUCUCGGAGACCAAACAGCGGGAACACCAACUGAUGCAGGAGCAAAGGGCACAGUGCCUGUCAUCCUCCACCCUGGCCAGCAUGGCUGAGCCAGGAGAUUGCUACGAGGAGAUCUUCCAGCUCGUGUGCCAUGUCCUCCGCAAGGCUAAGAGGAGAUCGGCAGCUCUCUACUACCAGCUGAGGGGCAAACCCCUGCCAGCUGGAGGAGGCAGGGGGAACAGGCGUGGUGGAGGAAACGUGAACGGAGAGCGCCAUCAUUCCAGGCACCCAAAAACAUCUCAAUGUCCCCACCAGAACAAGCAAGACAACGGCCCUCAGCCGCUGGCUAACUCCAUCAGUCUGGCUGUCCCUCAGAACCCAGAGGACUGCCCUAUAUGUGCAUUAUCACUGAAAGAGGGGGUGAGGGCGGUGGGAGACUCCCCCAACGAGGAGGAACAUGAGCAGGACGCAGUGAAAGAGACGAGCAAGGACGAGAACCAUCUUGAGCAGAAGGGAGAUGGAGAGAAGAAGAAAAAGAGGACAUGCUUUGGACAUUGUAAAGACAUCUGGAACGAUAUGAGGAGGAAACUUUGGGGCAUUGUAGAGAGCAAGUACUUCAGCAGGGGCAUAAUGAUCGCUAUUCUCAUCAACACUAUCAGUAUGGGCAUCGAGCAUCAUAACCAGCCAGAGGAGCUGACCAAUGUCCUGGAGAUCUGCAACAUUGUCUUCACCAGCAUGUUCACCCUGGAGAUGAUCCUAAAGCUGACUGCUUUUGGCUUCUUUGAGUACCUGAGGAACCCGUAUAACAUCUUUGAUGGCAUCAUUGUCAUCAUCAGCGUGUGUGAGAUCAUCGGUCAGGCAGACGGCGGUCUGUCAGUGCUGAGGACCUUCAGGCUGCUGAGGGUCAUUAAGCUGGUGAGGUUCAUGCCUGCGCUCAGGCGGCAGCUGGUUGUGCUGAUGAAGACGAUGGACAACGUGGCCACUUUCUGUAUGCUGCUUAUGCUCUUCAUCUUCAUCUUCAGUAUCCUGGGAAUGCAUAUCUUUGGUUGUAAGUUCAGUCUGAAGACAGAGGCAGGAGACACGGUGCCUGACAGGAAGAACUUUGACUCCCUGCUCUGGGCCAUCGUCACCGUCUUUCAGAUUCUGACUCAGGAGGACUGGAACAUGGUGCUGUACAAUGGGAUGGCAUCCACCUCGCCCUUUGCUGCUCUCUACUUUGUAGCUCUUAUGACAUUUGGAAACUAUGUGCUCUUCAAUUUACUGGUCGCCAUCUUGGUUGAGGGUUUCCAAGCUGAGGGCGAUGCAAACCGCUCAUACUCGGACGAUGACAGGUCUUCCUGUAAUUUUGAGGAGAAUGAUAAACAGAAAGACUCUCAACAUAUCUCAGACCCAAAGAUCUCUACACUAACCCCGAAUGGGCACCUGGACUUGUCCGCACUUCACCAUGGUCUGUUUCCAGGAGAGAGGUUGACAUUUGCCCUCGGCUCCAGGAAGAACAGUGUUAUUUCUCUUGGUCGGGCCAACUUGGAGCAGAGGGCAAUGUAUCCAAGUCGAAGUUAUCACAACUGGAGUCACCCACUGCCUACCCAGCCUCAGGCCUUGUGGGCCCGUCGUUCCAGCUGGAACAGCCUGGGAGGAUGCCGCCCCUGGUCCUCUUCGUCUCCCUCCACUAGUCCAGCCUUCACUCCCACCUCUGCAAGGCCCUUCUAUGGCUACGGCCUGGGGGGUCUUGGCGGAGUUGUCGGAGGAAGCCUUCGUAUUCGGGGUCCCCGUGCCUCUUCAUCACCGCGCCGCCACCACCUCCAUCAUGUUAACCAGGAUGAGGAGGAGUCUCUCCUCUCUCCUCCCGCUGUUGCUCCAAACUCUCUUCACCUUCCUCAUCCUAUGCUGCCGAGCCACUUUGUGCCCAGGAGGGACCGUAGAGCUCUCUCACUCGAGCUGCCCCACCUGCUGCAGGUCCCAGGUCCGCCGCAUCCUCCACCCCUGCCACACCUCCUGCUGCCCCCCAUGACGCUCCAUGCUCACCACAGGAAGAAGAGCUUCUCCGGGGGUAUGGUUAUCGGUGGAGGUGGAGGUGGUGGUGGUGUUGGCGGUGGGCUAGACACUCUGGGUGUCUUAGGAGGGGUACACCAAGACUGUAAUGGGAAGACUCCUCUGUCUCAGCUUAUCCAGCUCCCUCCUAGACACCACACUGAGCAGGCUGGAGGGGCAAACCCCGCGAGCCAGCUGAUGGUCGACGUCUUCCCCCAGGUUAACACACGCAGCAAGGACCGGGAGGACCUGGACGAUGACAUUGAAUAUAGCUUGUGCUUCCGCAUCGAGAAGAUGUUAGAAGCGUACAAACCAGACUGGUGUGAGAGCAGAGAGGACUGGUCUGUCUUCCUAUUCUCCCCACAGAACAAAUUCAGACAGAUAUGCCAGUCCAUCAUAGCCCACAAGCUGUUUGACUAUGUGGUGUUGGCCUUCAUCUUCUCCAACUGCAUUACAGUCGCUCUGGAGAGGCCCAAGAUACUCCAGGGCAGCUUGGAAAGAGUCUUUCUCACCAUCUCCAACUACAUCUUCACGGCCAUCUUUGUGACCGAGAUGACACUCAAGGUUGUUUCCAUGGGUCUGUAUGUGGGUGAACAGGCUUACCUGCGGAGCAGCUGGAACAUUCUGGAUGGCUUCCUGGUUUUUGUGUCUUUGAUUGACAUUGUCGUGUCCAUGGCGGGUGGGGCCAAGAUCCUGGGUGUACUUAGAGUACUGCGGCUGCUCAGAACAUUGCGUCCCCUCAGGGUGAUUAGCAGAGCUCCCGGUCUGAAGCUGGUGGUGGAGACCCUCAUCACUUCCCUCAAACCCAUUGGCAACAUUGUCCUCAUCUGUUGUGCGUUCUUCAUCAUCUUUGGCAUUCUUGGGGUGCAGCUGUUUAAAGGAAAGUUCUUCUACUGCUUCGGCCUUGACAUCAAAAACAUCACCAACAAGUCUGACUGUCUGCAAGCCAACUACAAGUGGGUCCACCAUAAGUACAACUUUGACAACUUGGGGCAGGCUCUGAUGUCGCUGUUUGUACUGGCCUCCAAGGACGGCUGGGUAAACAUCAUGUAUCACGGCCUGGACGCUGUGGCUGUGGACCAACAGCCCGUGACCAACAACAACCCGUGGAUGCUGCUGUAUUUCAUCUCCUUCCUCCUCAUCGUCAGCUUCUUUGUCCUCAACAUGUUUGUUGGCGUGGUGGUGGAGAACUUCCACAAGUGCCGCCAGCACCAGGAAGUGGAAGAGGCCAAAAGGCGCGAGGAGAAGCGUCAGCGGCGCAUGGAAAAGAAGAGGAGAAAAGCCCUGAAGCUGCCCUACUUUGCCAGCUACGGCAAUAUACGCCUGAUGAUCCACACACUCUGCACAAAUCACUACCUGGACCUCAUCAUCACCUUCAUCAUCUGCAUCAACGUCAUCACCAUGUCCUUAGAGCACUACAAUCAACCUCAUUCUCUGGAUCUCGCCCUGAAGUACUGCAACUAUUUCUUCACCUCUACGUUUGUGCUGGAAUCGGUACUCAAACUCACCGCUUUCGGCUUUCGCCGCUUCUUCAAGGAGAGGUGGAACCAGCUGGACCUCGCCAUUGUGCUUCUGUCAGUGAUGGGAAUAACCCUGGAGGAGAUCGAGAUCAGUUCAGCCCUGCCCAUCAACCCCACUAUCAUCAGGAUCAUGAGAGUACUGAGGAUAGCAAGAGUGCUGAAGCUGCUGAAGAUGGCGACAGGGAUGAGAGCCCUGCUGGAUACGGUGGUCCAAGCCCUGCCUCAGGUGGGUAACCUGGGCCUGCUCUUCAUGCUGCUGUUUUUCAUCUACGCCGCCUUAGGAGUAGAGCUAUUUGGAGAACUUGUUUGCAAUGAAGACUACCCGUGUGAGGGUAUGAGUCGUCACGCUACCUUUGAGAACUUUGGCAUGGCCUUCCUGACCCUUUUUCAAGUCUCCACGGGCGACAACUGGAAUGGCAUCAUGAAGGACACAUUGAGGGAGUGCCCACCGGACCACGGCACUGAUGUGGACUAUGGCUGCAACCCUAGCCUUCAGUUUAUUUCGCCCAUGUACUUUGUCUCCUUCGUGCUCACCGCCCAGUUCGUGCUCAUCAAUGUGGUGGUGGCCGUGCUGAUGAAGCACCUGGACGACUCCAACAAGGAGGCCCAAGAGGAGGCGGAGAUGGAUGCAGAAAUUGAGCUGGAGCUGGCCCAGGGCACCCUCUGUUGCAUGGGCGCCCCAGGCUGCGGGGGUGGGAGGGUGGACAAAGGACUGGUCGCUGCUGGACCUGGAGGCACAGCGGGGGGCAAUGACAGAGGAUGUGGAGAGAGGGGAGAAGGAGUGGGGAGGAUGCUUCAUUCUGCAAGCAGUGCACACUCGGGAGCGUACAACUCCCGUGACUCCAGCCGAACUCUGUACUCACCAGCACAAGAGAGCCAAUGGCUGGACAGCGUGUCUCUUCUGAUCAAGGAUACACUGGAGGGGGAGAUGCUGAUGAUCGACAACCUCUCCGGUUCUGUCUUCCACCACUAUUCUUCUCCUCCAACCAUCUGCAGAGAUUGCAAGGGCCAUCCACAAGAGCAGAUCAGGAUGGCGGAGGUAGAGCAGGCAUCGUUGAAGUCGGAGCAACUGUCAGACAAGUCCUCAUCCCCCGCUCUGCCAGAUGACCUCAGCCUGGACGAACAGACUGCCUACCAACUGCUGGCGCGAGAGGGCAAGGGAAGGUGCAGUAGUGACUCCCGCAGCUCAGAAGAGGCUGCAGGUGGAGGAAGUUAUGCAGGAGGCCACCAGACUCGGACCGUGGUGCAGAGCCAGGUGCAGGGGUCGGGCCAGCCCUGCCGGGCCCUCGGCACUGGCAUGGAGGUGGAGACUACACUGCAGCAUAUGUGCUCACCUCACUGUAGCCCUGGUGGCGUUUCCAGCAGCAGCAGCAACAAGGAAAUAAACAAAGGAGGAGGAGGAGCCAGUGGCAUUUCUCCUCUCUUCCAUCUGUCUGCAGAGUUCUUCCACCCUACAGGAGCAGCCAUCCCAGCACCUCCCCGUAGUAGGAGCCUACGGUUGUCGAGGGGCCUUAGGCUGACCUCCCCAGACUCCUGGGUUUCGCUGCGCUCCCCAGGAGCCCAUAGCAAGAUGCUCUGUUCACAGUAUCCGUCCCACAGUGACUCCUCCCUUGCGACAGGCAGCUCUGAGGGGAGCCUCCAGACCACCCUGGAAGAGGGACUGAGCUUCAGCGUUUCUCCACCACAGAACUUGGAGUCCCCUUUGCCGACAGCUCACUUACAACUCGAGUGCCCACUCCCGUUGCCUGAAGAGAGCCCUGCCAAUUCCUCCCCAAUCCAGACCCUGAGACCAAGGACGAGCCCCUCAUCAGCCCUCACCCUCCAGGCCACCAGGGGCCACCAGCGUAGCCAGAGCAGUGGCCGAGGGAGCACCAGCCCGGGUUACACCCGUGAAGACUCAAUCGACCCCUCAGACGAGGACCUGGGCAUAGGCAUAGGAUCAUCAAUUGGCGGUUGUGGCUCCAGCCAAGCGGGCAACAGUGAACACUUGUCAGAGACGCUGGGCAGCUUGUCGCUGACAUCGCUGCUGCUGCCACCCAGCUCCCUUGUGUACCCAGGAGGGGGGGUUAAGAAGUGUAACAGCACAGGCAGCCUGGACCAGGGGGGGAUACUGCUGUCAUCCCGGGGCCGGGAGGGACGCAGGGAGAUGCUGGGCUUGGAGCUUAUGGACCCCCAAGGCUUCUUGGCCAACCCCUGGACGGGGGUGUUAGUUGAUACAAGAAGAGGAGAGGGACGAGUUGAAAUAGGAGAUGGUGACCAAGGGUUCAAAGGCAAGAGCUCAAGCCAAACAACAGUAGGGCCUUGUCGGAAAAACAGAUGAAACCUAUUGUUCACUCUUUCUUUGUCUCUCCAUUCCUUGGAUCUAAACCCAUAGCUGUCCCUCUCACUCUCUCUGCUUCCAUCAGUGAGAGAGAGGCUCGAUGACAAACGAUGUCCCGCAAUCCAAAACCAAACCCUCAUUUCGCCC